AUGGCUCACAAUUUAAGGUCCAAGGACAAGGGCACAAAGGACGGUGAGGAGGAGGAGACGUUGGAUCCUGUGCGAGCCACACAGAUCCGGAUCAUGUUAGAAGCAGCUGAAGAUGAAAGGAGAAUAAGACGUGAAGCAGCUAAAAGGGAGGAACAACGCGCAGAAAGGGAGGAGCAACGCGCAGAUGAGGAUAGAAGGCUACGGAGGGAAGCUGACAUACAAUUAAAAAUUAAUAAUCGUAAUAGUCAACAGGAAGACCGGGUUAACAUGGGCAACAGAUUUGGCCCCAUGUUAGGAAGAUGCCCAACUGACCCUCGGGAGAUCUCCGCAUAUUUUCAACGGAUUGAAGGCAUAUUUGAAAGUUAUAGAAUCAGUGAUGAGGCCAAGGCUGAACUGUUGUUGUCCAGACUGGAGCCGAAGAUGAAAACUAUAUUGAAUGAACUUCGGACCGAAGAUUAUACAAAUUAUGAAGCAAUAAAGCAGCAAAUCAUUCGCUCUUGCCGAUUUUGCCCGAAGAAGCUCCGGGAUGCAUUCUUUUCAACCUAUAAGGCAAAGGAGGAAACAUACCCAGCAUUUGUUGCACAAUUGUAUCGCCAUCUCAAAUUCUAUUUCCAGAGUCGGAAAAUUGAAACCCUUGAACAAGCCAUGUCCUUGUGGGUUGUGGACCGUUUAAAGGAGGUAAUACCAAAAAAUUUGGUAGAGUACAUACUGGCUCAGGAGGGUGACGAGUGGUUACCACAUGAUAAAGUAGCAAACCUGUUGGAGACUUAUGAAGCGAAUAUGAAUAUGAGGGGAUCGACCAACUCUGUUUCUAGUUUCCGAACACAGUCUGGUCAUGCUCAUUUAGGAAGUGGCCGUAAAGGGUUUGUAAAGGAUGAGAGGAGGGGUCCAUCGAUGAAGCCAAAUUGUUUUACCUGUGGUAGUACUGGCCAUCUGGCCAAACAUUGCACAAAAAAGUCUAACUAUACGACACCGGCCAAGAGGGUGAUGAAUUGUCAGAUUACCCCCGGAAUGCACAGCAAACAGCUCGGGUUGACAGAGGCCAUGCGAGUAGAGAAAUAUUUUGAGAGGCCAUAUGUCAAGGUAAAAAUUCAACCCGGUCCAGUGUGCGAGGCUCUGGUGGACAGCGGUGUUGAGGUAUGUGGGAUUUCACAGAAGUUAUGCCAGGAGUUGAAUCUACCCAGUUUGGGAACUGAAAGGAUCAAGGGAUGGAAUGGACAGGUGGCUGAGGUGGACGCCACAUGGGUAACGUUGACUCAGGGGGACAAGGCUGCUACCCCUGGCGUCCGGGUGUGGUGUGCCGUGGUACCAAAUGCUAGUGAACCACUAAUUAUUAAUCCAGGAGUGGUAGAACAGUUAAAGUUGGUAACGCCUUAUGUAGUACCUGCUGCAGGGGUAUUAUCUGCCAGUGGUUCAUUGGUCAAUUUAGGGACUUUUUACAAUGUUGACGCCCCCCAUGGGCAGUGUCAAGAGAGAUACAAUAAAAUUCAGAACCGUGACGUUGAUGACGAGAAAGAUGAUGAAGUAUGUGAAUUUAAUAAUUGUAAAUUAGAUGGCAGUGUAAUUACAAAUAAAAUUCAGAAUCGUGACGUUGAUGACGAGAAAGAUGAUGAAGUUUGUGAAUUUAAUAAUUGUAAAAUAGAUGACAGUGUAGUUGUAGAUGGAGUUCCUAAUCGAGAUGUUGAUGAGGAGAAAGACGAUGAAGACUUACUCUUUUAUUUAAGUGAUGCUAAUGCAAACAAAUAA